UAUACGUAUAAAGAGCACAGGUCUAUAUAAACUAUUGUAGAAGUUACCAAGUAAUGCAUCUUAGAAUAUGCUGUGUUUGACGAUUAUUUUUCUCUUCAUCUUCGUUUGCCUCUACUGCAUCUGUGAUUGCAUUAAACCGAGAAAUUAUCCACCUGGCCCAUUGUGGAUUCCAUUAUUCGGAUGUUUUCUGAAGUUCGCAUGGCUACGCUCGAAACUUGGAUACAUUUAUCUAGCUAUGCAAGACCUGGAGCGUACAUAUGGACCUGUAAUAGGAUUAAAGCUUGGAGUUCAAAAGGUGGUGGUGAUUUCAACGUACGAUUUGGUGAAGAAGGCUCUUCUUCAAGAUGAAUUCAACAGCCGGCCGGAUGGAUUUUUCUUUAGAAUACGAUCGCUCGGGAAGAGAAAGGGUGUUCUGUUCACUGAGGGCACCAUGUGGGCACGGACUCGUAGAUUUACGAUGCGGCAUCUGCGGACGUUCGGUAUAGGUCAGUCAGUUAUGAAAGAACAAUUGGUUUUGGAGGCUCAAAAUCUCAUUGAUCAUCUGCAACAAAUGAGCGAGAGUGGCGCGGUGACGAUGCAUACUGCUUUCGAUGUCGCGGUGAUCAAUUCGCUGUGGUUCAUGAUCGCUGGGCACAAAUUCAAGUACGAGGACCAAAAGCUACAAGAAGCGCUUACGUUGGUUCACGAUGCCUUCAAAUUAAUGGAUACCAUGGGUGGAGUGGUUUCACAGAUGCCUUUUCUACGUUUCGUGAUCCCGAAACUAUCAGGAUACGAAGAGCUGAUGGAGAUUCUAGAGAAUCUGUGGCGCUUUCUGGAGGAGGAGAUUAAGAUACACGAGCGGGAGCUAUCCAAUGAUCCGCCACGUGAUUUGAUUGAUGCGUUUCUUUUGGAGAUUUGUAAACGCGAUGAGAAUGAAGAUACGAUUUUUGAUCGUGAGAAUUUAUUGAUACUGUGCCUUGAUCUUUUCUUGGCCGGGUCAAAGACGACUAGUGACACUUUAGCGAAUAUAUUUCUCUUCCUAUCACUGAAUCCCGAAUGGUUGAAAAUACUUCAGGCUGAGUUGGAUAGUAUCGUUGGUAGGUCACGAGCUCCAACUGAGGAUGAUUUACCAUCCUUGCCAAUAACGGAAGCUUUCUUAGCUGAGGCACAAAGAUAUCUGACUUUGGCUCCACUCGGCGUACCUCACACAACCGCAAAGGAUGUUUUUUUAAAUGGUUAUCGAAUUCCCAAGGAUACGAUUAUUCUCUUUGACUAUCAUAGUGCUCACAACGACAAGGCGUACUGGGAACAACCGAACGAAUUCCGACCGCAACGAUUUCUAGACGAGCAGGGACAAUUCCGUCGGAACAACUACGGUUUGCCUUUCGGUUUAGGCAAGAGGCGCUGUCUGGGCGAGCAGCUGGCACGCUCCACGUUGUUCCUGUUCUUUACCUACGUCGUGCAUUACUUCGACAUAGAGAUCUCAGCCGAGCACAGCAAACCGAACCUGAACGGUUACGACGGUUUUACUAUGUCGCCGAAACCGUAUUAUCUCAAGCUCACGAAAAGAUCCAGUCGUGACGAUGAUCGCCACGUGACUCGCGCGAGCACACAUGACGGCACAUUUGGACUUCUGCGAAGGGGCUCGAUUUCGUUGAACUUGUAAAACGUGCGAGUAAAACUUUCACGGCAUAGAAUCAAUAAACGUUAUUCGCAAACGUCGAACCGCGCCGCGCCAUGUACGAGAUCAGUUACCGGAAAUGGAUCUUUUUGUCAAACAGCUCGCGCUACGCGUAAUACGUGACCACAUAACGCGCAUAACACAUUAUGCAUAAUACGAAGCAAGUCGAUUACAAAUUACCGUAAUACAAAGUAUUACAAAAUAUCAGAGCGUUUAACUUGAAGCGAUGAUACAGUGAUAUACUUAUAUAUGCAGAAAGAUCGAUUUCGCUUUCUGAUUGUUUUGAUGUCUAACAAAACUAUUUUCAAAUCUGCAUCUAACUACAAUAAAUUUUUAAGUAA